AUGGUCGACAAGUUAUGUGGAUCAUAUGAGGCUGCAACAAGAGGGGAAGCAAGUGGUCAUAACGAGGAUGAUGUCCUUAAAGUGGCAUAUAAUAUGUUCUUCAACGACUACAAGAACAAAUUCAAUCUUGAACACGCAUGGAGGGAGCUGCGCUUUGACCAGAAAUGGUUAUCGCUUGCCUCAUCAAAAACUGAUGGACCGAGUAAAAGAAGAAAGUUUGAUGAUGGUUCCCAACCAGAAACUUUUCACGGCUUCACCAAUGUUGAUGAACAAGCCACAUAA